AUGGGGGAGCUUGUUGGACUGAAGGCAAGGGUGCAGCCUGGCAGACCCCCGGCCAAGUACGCACGAAAUGUGCUCAAGCACGUCUGUGCGUUCCUCAUCGUCCUCUCCAUCUGCGAGGGCAUCGCCACGUUUGCCAUCAGCCAGUCGCUCAAGAAUUUCUUCCAGAAGUUGGGCUGGUCUAACAAGGGAUCUACGUCAAUGAAGCUCACGUACGACUCGGUCAGCCAGUUCAUGUGCGUCGCCGCCGGAUACGUGUCAGAUGAACACAUUGGUAAAUUCAAAACGCUGGCCUCGAUGGCGUCGUUCGAGCUUACGAGUAAGAUCAUCUUCAACAUCGGGCUAUUUCUCGGCGUCGCUGUGUCUCAAGUGUGUCUUCAGGUGCUUGUCAUCUCGUACGGAGGCGACCAGUUUUCACCAGCUGCACCUCCGUCGGAAAAGGCCCUCUACUUCAGAGAGUUGUAUUGGGGGGCCAACGUCGGUGCCUUCAUCGGCUACCUGGUCUUUCCGUGGGUGUCCAUCCACGGCAUCGGUGUCAUCCCACCGGAAUACGGCUACUUCUACUUUGCGGUAUAUAUCGCGGGUUUCGCUGUAGUGCUCACUUUUUCGAUCGUACUCUGGUCAACACGUGCAAGAUACGUGAAUGUCCCUCCGACAAAGCAAUCCGUCGCAGUUGUUAUCCGCGUUGUAUUUGGUCAUUCGAGAACGAACUUCCGCGCAAAUCUGGUCGUGUUGGGCACGCUGCUGUAUGUUAUCGCGUUCCUGUGUAACAUCCUUGCUUCGGUCUUGUCGGAUCGAGGAAAUGUUGGCCACGACAUCUCUUACGCAUCGGGAGUGAUGAUUGUGAGCGCUACAAUUCUCUGGGUAUAUGUCGGUCGUGACUCCGCCUUCAUGGAGAGCGCGAAACAAAGCCUGGGAGGGAGCUUCGAUGCCAAGGUUGUGGACGAUGUCAAGCAAGUCAUCCGGACUCUCCCUCUCAACGCGUUCAAUCAAACGGACACUAGCGUCGGGAGCUCUCUCGACGCUAGCCAAGUCCCAGGGCCAAUGAUUCAGCUGUUUAACCCUUUGGCUGCGCUGUUCUUCAUUCCGUUCCUCGAGAAGGUGGUCUACCCGCUCUACGCGAAAUACUCUGGGAAGCCUCCAAGUCCGUAUGGGAAAAUCCUCACCGGCUACUGUGUCGCUGUGGUGGCGAUGUUUUGGACUGGCGCCAACGAAGUCAUCCGACGCAGCGCUGGCCCACUUUCGUACACGGACGCGGAUGGUGUUGAACAAUUUCUGCUUGAUGACGACGGAGGCCAAGUGAUGAACGACAUUCCUUGGUGGACCACGAUCCCGCACUACCUGCUGGUAUCGCUACCCGGUGUGCUGAUCUGCAUUCCGAGCUACGACCUGAACUAUUCGGAGGUCCCGCAGAGCAUGCGCAGCACUUCGAUCGCACUCGCGUUCUUCGUCAACUCAAUGGGCAGCUCCUUGUUAUCUAUCAUUUAUCUGUUCUUCACUCUCGGCGCGCUUAUGAUCGUUAAUAUCUUCUUUUAUGUAGUCGUCAUGAACCGGAUGAAGUUUGGGACGAAUAGCAGCAUUAUGCUGCAUUUCUUGGUUUACUAG